AUGGGCGCUGCUCUCACGACAGCAACUACCAAAUCGACGCUGCUCACGCGACAGCAGCUACCAAAUGGGCGCUGCUCUCACGACAGCAACUACCAAAUGGGCGCUGCUCUCACGACAGCAACUACCAAAUCGACGCUGCUCUCGCGACAGCAGCUACCAAAUGGGCGCUGCUCUCACGACAGCAACUACCAAAUGGGCGCUGCUCUCACGACAGCAACUACCAAAUCGACGCUGCUCUCGCGACAGCAGCUACCAAAUGGGCGCUGCUCUCACGACAGCAACUACCAAAUGGGCGCUGCUCUCACGACAGCAACUACCAAAUCGACGCUGCUCUCGCGACAGCAGCUACCAAAUCGACGCUGCUCUCGCGACAGCAGCUACUAA